AAUGCAAUACGGCAAUCAAAAUGGCUGCCUCCACGUUGGAAACUUGAAAAUUUAACUCCACAACCGGACAACAGGACAACUGUCUAGUGCAAGAUACAUGUUGGCGGACAUCCGAAUGCAACUUUAGCUUCCAUUGCUUCAGUUCCAGUAGCAUCUUGAAAUCGACUCCAGCAUGGUGUAAUAAUCUUCAACAUGUUCAAUGUCUGUUGACCUCUUCGCACACGAACCCAUUUGUUGGAAGAUACAUGUACUCGGCCAAAAUUCUUUGGAGUUUUGAUUGAGGUGAAGUUUUACCAAUGCUUAUUGAAUGUUGCCAUCCAUUGCAACAAGUCUAUUUUCAAAUGAGUUUGACAAAGGCCGUAUUGCAGUCUUAAUUAUAGAAAUAUAACUGUAUCAAGCAAGGAAUUCAGACUCUGUGUCCAGUAUGUCAAUGUACCUUGCGUCAUACGUAGCCAGUUUUGCCGCGCUUCUUGCCCUGUGCGGGGUGUUGCACUUCUUCGUCAGUCGGAGGCGGCCUAAGGAGACGACGGGACACAACCCAAAUUUCGUGCAAUUCCAACGGAAGUACUUUGUAGCCUACUUCCUGGCAUUGACGGCGGAUUGGCUGCAGGGACCGUAUCUCUAUAAACUCUACCGCCACUACGGGUUCCAAGAACCCCAGAUUGCUGUGCUGUAUGUCUGUGGGUUUGCAUCCAGCGUGAUCCUGGGCACAGCCACCAGCGCCCUAGCAGACCAUUGCGGCCGUAAGAAACUCUGCAUCACCUUCUCCAUCAUCUACUCCAUCUCGUGCAUCACCAAGCUGUCUUACAGCUACUACAUCCUGAUUUUGGGUCGGAUCUUGGGCGGUAUAUCCACCUCACUGCUGUUCACCGCCUACGAAGCCUGGUACCUCCAUGAGCAUGUCGAAUCCCACGACUUCCCUAAGGAGUGGGUGGCUUUGACCUUCUCCAAGGCAACCUUCUGGAAUGGCGUCUUGGCCAUCGGAGCCGGUUUGGCAUCUAAUGUACUGGUGGGCGUUCUGCGCCUCGGUCCUGUCGCUCCCUUCAUGCUUGCCAUCCCCUUGCUGCUAGCCUCAGGGGCUGUAGUGGCAUCCUCCUGGAGCGAAAACAACGGAGCAAAGAAGGUCAAGAUCUCCAAGUCCUGCACAGAAGGGCUGCGUCACAUCGUCAACUCUCGCCGCAUGCUGCUGAUCGGGGCCAUGCAGUCACUCUUUGAGAGUGUCAUGUACAUCUUCAUCUUCAUCUGGACGCCGGUCCUAGACAUGCCUCCCACGGCACCUCUCGGACUGAUCUUCUCCUGCUUCAUGGCCUGCAUCAUGAUCGGCUCCAACCUCUACGAGCUGCUGUCCAAGCGGGGGAUACCCGCCUACAACAUCGUCAACGGCUCCAUCCUCCUAGCUCUACUAUCCACCCUCACUUGCAUCCUGUCCUACCGCCAUCAGCACGCGGUAUCCUAUGUGGCCUUCCUGCUCCUUGAGCUGGCCUGCGGUCUCUACUUCCCCUCCAUGGGUUUCCUGCGGGGGAAGGUGCUCCCCGAAACCCAUCGGGCGGGGAUCAUGAACUGGUUCCGGGUGCCGCUCAACCUGAUCGCCUGCGCGCUGCUCAUGCUGCUGCACGGCAACUACUCCCAGGCAGGGACCCGGCACAUCUUCAUCAUCUGCUCGUUGCUGUUGGCCGCGGCGCUUUUCUGCGGCGUCCGCUUUGCCCGGCUCGUUAAGAACGAUGAGAACAUGAAAGUUGCAACCACAGAGCUGGAAAACGGAUCUGACAAUAUGAACGGAGAUAUUGUAACCAACCAAGACACAGGCUCUGUUUGACUGAAAUCCUUUAAUUUGUACAAAAUAUUUACAUACCUUGAAGAUUGUACAUUUUAUUUCUCUCGUCGAGGAUUUUUUGUUCAUGUAUGUUUCUUGAACCUGUUUCCAUUUUAAAUAUUUUUUAGAUUUAGUUAAGAGAAUUUUUGCCUGUCAACAGUAUCAUUUUGGUAUAGAAAAUCUGUUUCCUUUAUCAUUUCCCUUAAUUGUGACUUAAAAAAAAAAUAUGUAUAUCGGCAGUAAAGGCAUGCGUGUUUUUAUCUUGAGUUUUGGAUCAAUAUCACUUCACUGUCCAUAAAUGCAUAUUAUUUUGAAAAACAAACUGACCAAAUCAUUCAUUUCCAAAAUCUAAAUUCCAAAUUCGUUUUGGGUUUAUAUCUGCUACAAGUACUCUUCCUACAAAAUGUUCCCACAAAUUUUAGUCAAUUUAAACAAGACAAGUCAAGUUAUUGGGUGAUCGAGUACUACUAUAUAUUGUAUUUGUUCACUGAAGAUUCAACGGUGCUUUGGCAGUUUUGGGCAGUACAUGAAGUAACAGCAGGGCAGUUUAGGGCGGAACUAUUCUAAUAAUUUAAAACUCUCAGUAUGCUGUGUAUUACAGGGUGGCGCAAAAAGAAGGAAACCCACUUUUGACCGGAAUUUUAACCUACUUUAAUAACUUAUUUAAACUUUUUUUAAU